AUUAAAUGGGUAAUGGAAGUACUUGUUGUUCACAUCCUAUAAUACAAAAUAAUUAAGCAUUAAUACCAAAUUAGAAGAAUAUGUUAAUGAAUGAAGACUGUGAUGUUCAUGAAUGGGAAGCAGAUGAUAUCGUAAAGAUUGGUGUUUGUAAAUAAAUUAAAUAUAUAUUGUAUAAGAGAAUCAUCCAGUAAAAGAACAUAAACUUUUUGAAUAGGUAUCAAUUAUAAGAAGAAUGGAAAGUGUAGAAGCACCAAAAUUAGGAUUAAGAUUAGAAACAUUUCCUGAGAUUGAAAAUUAAAUAGUUAGAACUGUUUUAAGUUAAUUGCCAUAAAUAAUAGUACCAGGAGAUAUGGAAAGAGGUGAAGAGAAUCCACCUAUUAAAUUUGAUAAUAAUUUUAUUUAUCAUGGAGAAUGGAAAGAUAGUCAAAAAUAUGGAUAUGGAAAAUUAUUAUGGCCAGAUGGAAGUUAUUAUGAAGGAGGAUUUGCAAAUGAUGAAUCAUCUGGUUAUGGAAGAUUAAUUCAUUCAUUUGGAGAUUAUUAUGAAGGAAAUUGGAAACAUGAUUAAGCUAAUGGUUAUGGAAAAUAUCAUAGAUAUAGAAAUUAAGCAACAUAUGAAGGAAAUUGGGUUAAUGAUAAAUAAUAAGGAUAAGGAAAAGAAACAUGGUAAGAUGGAUCAUCUUAUGAAGGAGAAUAUUUUAAUGGAAAAAAAUAAGGAAGAGGUAUGUUUAAAUGGGGAAAUGGAAAUAUGUAUAUUGGAGAUUUUAAAAAUAAUAAAAUGGAUGGACAUGGCGUUUAUUAUUGGAAGAGUGGAAAAGUAUAUGAUGGGGAAUGGAAAGAAAAUAGAAUGGAUGGAGAAGGAGUAAAAUUUAUAUUAUUUAUAUAUCUUAUAGUCAUUCAAUUGGCCAGAUGGUAGAAAAUACAAGGGAGGAUAUAAGAAUGAUCUUAAAGAAGGAUAUGGAGUAUUUGAAUGGUCAGAUGGACGUUAUUACAAAGGGGAAUGGAAAUAAGGAAAACAACAUGGCAAAGGAGUACUGAGAAUGGAUCAAACUAAAGAAAUUACUGCUGAAUGGCUCAAUGGCAAAAUGCUUACUGAUAAAUAAAUUGAACAGUAAGCUACAGGAUCAUGAUACUUUUUAUAUAUAUAAUCAAAG